UCUGCCACCGGGAGAGGAAGAUGGCGGCCGCAGCCGUGGUGGUUCCUGCAGAGUGGAUAAAGAACUGGGAGAAAUCUGGGCGCGGGGAAUUUUUGCUUUUAUGCCGGAUCCUUAGUGAAAAUAAAAGCCAUGAUAGUUCAACUUAUAGAGAUUUCCAGCAAGCUCUCUAUGAGUUAUCAUACCAUGUCAUUAAAGGAAAUCUAAAACAUGAGCAGGCAUCUAACGUUCUUAAUGAUAUUAGUGAAUUUCGUGAGGAUAUGCCUUCCAUUCUUGCUGACGUAUUCUGUAUAUUAGAUAUUGAGACAAAUUGUUUAGAAGAAAAAAGCAAGAGAGACUAUUUUACACAACUGGUAUUAGCAUGUUUGUAUUUAGUUUCAGACACAGUUCUAAAGGAACGCCUGGAUCCAGAAACAUUGGAGUCAUUAGGGCUUAUCAAACAAUCACAGCAGUUCAAUCAAAAGUCUGUUAAAAUCAAGACAAAGCUUUUUUAUAAGCAGCAGAAGUUCAAUUUGUUAAGAGAAGAGAAUGAAGGUUAUGCCAAGCUGAUUGCUGAAUUGGGACAAGAUUUAUCUGGAAAUGUUACUAGUGAUUUAAUUUUAGAAAAUAUUAAAUCUUUAAUAGGAUGCUUUAAUCUGGAUCCCAAUAGAGUUUUGGAUGUCAUUUUAGAAGUGUUUGAAUGCAGGCCAGAACUCGAUGACUUCUUUAUAUCUUUAUUAGAAUCUUACAUGAGUAUGUGUGAACCGCAAACACUGUGUCAUAUACUUGGGUUCAAAUUCAAAUUUUAUCAGGAACCAAGUGGAGAAACUCCUUCAUCUUUAUACACAGUUGCAGCAGUACUUCUACAACAUAAUCUUAUUGAAUUAGAUGAUCUUUAUGUACAUCUUCUUCCUGCUGAUAGUUGCAUUAUGGAUGAACACAAAAGAGAAAUUAUUGAAGCUAAGCAAAUUGUUCGAAAACUUACGAUGGUCGUAUUGUCUUCUGAUAAAAUGGAUGAACGAGAGAAAGAAAAGGAAAAAGAGGAGGAAAAGCCACCUGACAACCAAAAACUUGGUUUGUUGGAAGCCUUAUUAAAGAUUGGUGAUUGGCAACAUGCACAGAGCAUCAUGGAUCAGAUGCCUCCAUACUAUGCAGCAUCACAUAAGUUAAUAGCUCUUGCUAUUUGCAAGCUCAUUCACAUAACUAUUGAACCUCUCUACCGAAGAGUUGGUGUUCCUAAAGGUGCUAAAGGGUCACCUAUUAAUGCUUUGCAAAAUAAGAAAGCACCAAAACAAGCAGAGAGCUUUGAAGAUUUGAGGAGGGAUGUCUUCAAUAUGUUUUGUUAUCUUGGUCCUCACCUUUCUCAUGAUCCCAUUUUAUUUGCAAAAGUGGUACGCAUAGGCAAGUCAUUUAUGAAGGAGGCCAGAGAGAGAGCUCAAUGGGCUGAGCGCGUGCUUUACAUACAGGAGGCCCGGGUUCGAUCCCCGGCAUCGCAUGGUCACCCGAGCACAGAGCUGGGAGUAGUAGCCUCUGAGCACCGCCAGUUUCAGCCUGAUGGAAGCAGACAAGAGGAUAAAGAAAAAACGGAAAUUAUCCUUAGCUGUUUGCUUAGUAUUACUGAUCAGGUACUACUUCCAUCCCUUUCUUUGAUGGACUGCAAUGCAUGUAUGUCUGAAGAACUGUGGGGAAUGUUUAAGACAUUUCCAUAUCAACAUAGGUAUCGUCUAUAUGGCCAGUGGAAGAAUGAAACUUAUAACAGUCACCCACUUUUAGUAAAAGUUAAAGCUCAAACAAUAGACAGAGCCAAAUACAUCAUGAAGCGUCUGACAAAGGAAAAUGUGAAGCCUUCUGGAAGACAAAUUGGGAAGUUGAGCCACAGCAAUCCAACCAUUCUGUUUGAUUAUAUCUUGUCACAAAUACAGAAGUAUGAUAACUUAAUAACACCUGUAGUAGAUUCAUUGAAAUAUCUGACUUCAUUGAAUUAUGAUGUCUUGGCAUAUUGUAUCAUUGAAGCUUUAGCUAACCCAGAAAAGGAGAGAAUGAAACAUGAUGAUACAACCAUCUCAAGCUGGCUUCAGAGUCUGGCUAGUUUCUGUGGUGCAGUUUUUCGGAAAUACCCAAUUGAUCUUGCUGGACUUCUUCAGUACGUAGCCAAUCAACUGAAAGCAGGCAAAAGUUUUGACCUGCUUAUAUUGAAAGAGGUGGUACAAAAAAUGGCAGGAAUAGAAAUUACAGAGGAAAUGACAAUGGAGCAACUUGAGGCCAUGACUGGUGGAGAACAAUUAAAAGCCGAAGGUGGUUAUUUCGGCCAGAUCAGGAACACUAAAAAAUCCUCUCAGCGGUUAAAAGAUGCACUGUUGGAUCAUGAUCUUGCUCUUCCCCUCUGUUUACUUAUGGCUCAGCAGAGAAAUGGGGUAAUCUUUCAAGAAGGUGGCGAGAAGCAUUUGAAACUUGUGGGAAAGCUCUAUGAUCAGUGUCAUGAUACUCUGGUACAGUUUGGUGGGUUUUUAGCAUCCAAUUUAAGCACAGAAGAUUAUAUAAAGCGAGUUCCUUCAAUUGAUGUGCUAUGUAAUGAGUUUCAUACACCCCAUGAUGCAGCAUUUUUCCUGUCUAGGCCAAUGUAUGCGCAUCAUAUUUCUUCAAAGUAUGAUGAACUUAAGAAAUCAGAGAAAGGAAGUAAACAACAACAUAAAGUUCAUAAGUAUAUUACAUCAUGUGAGAUGGUGAUGGCUCCUGUACAUGAAGCAGUGGUCUCUUUACAUGUUUCCAAAGUCUGGGAUGACAUCAGCCCUCAAUUCUACGCUACAUUUUGGUCGUUAACAAUGUAUGAUCUUGCAGUUCCACAUACGAGCUAUGAACGAGAAGUAAAUAAACUUAAAAUCCAGAUGAAAGCAAUUGAUGAUAACCAGGAAAUGCCUCCAAAUAAAAAGAAAAAAGAAAAGGAGCGCUGUACUGCCCUGCAGGACAAACUACUUGAAGAAGAAAAGAAGCAGAUGGAACAUGUGCAGCGUGUUUUGCAGAGAUUAAAACUGGAAAAGGACAACUGGCUUUUAGCAAAAUCUACAAAAAAUGAGACCAUCACAAAGUUUCUACAGCUGUGUAUAUUUCCUCGGUGUAUAUUUUCAGCAAUUGAUGCUGUUUACUGUGCUCGUUUUGUUGAAUUGGUUCAUCAACAGAAAACUCCAAAUUUUUCAACACUUCUUUGCUAUGAUAGAGUUUUCUCUGAUAUAAUUUAUACAGUUGCAAGUUGUACUGAGAAUGAAGCUAGUCGAUAUGGGAGAUUUCUUUGCUGCAUGUUAGAGACUGUGACUAGGUGGCACAGUGAUAGAGCCACAUAUGAAAAGGAAUGUGGAAACUAUCCAGGAUUCCUUACUAUAUUACGGGCAACUGGAUUUGAUGGUGGAAAUAAAGCUGAUCAAUUAGAUUACGAAAAUUUUCGACAUGUUGUACAUAAAUGGCAUUAUAAAUUAACUAAGGCAUCCGUACACUGCCUAGAAACUGGUGAAUAUACUCAUAUCAGGAAUAUCCUGAUUGUGCUAACAAAGAUACUUCCUUGGUACCCAAAAGUUUUGAAUUUGGGUCAGGCACUUGAAAGAAGAGUUCAUAAAAUCUGCCAAGAAGAAAAGGAGAAGAGGCCAGAUCUAUAUGCAUUGGCUAUGGGCUACUCUGGGCAGUUGAAAAGUAGAAAGUCAUACAUGAUACCUGAAAAUGAGUUUCAUCACAAAGACCCUCCUCCGAGGAAUGCAAUUGCCAGUAUACAAAAUGGCCCUGGUUGUGGGUCUUCUUCAUGCAUAGGAAAUACAUCUAAAUCUGAUGAAAGCAGUACAGAGGAGACUGAUAAAUCAAGGGAGAGAUCUCAAUGUGGUGUGAAAGCUGUUAAUAAAGCUAUUGCCACACCAAAAGGGAAUUCAAACAAUGGAAAUAGUGGCUCUAAUAGCAAAGCUGUUAAAGAAAAUGAAAAAGAAAAAGGAAAAGAAAAAGAGAAAGAGAAAAAAGAAAAGACUCCAGCUACUACUCCAGAGGCCAGAGUACUUGCUAAAGAUGGUAAAGAAAAACCGAAGGAAGAGCGGCCAAAUAAAGAUGAUAAAGCAAGAGAGACGAAGGAAAGAACACCUAAGAGUGAUAAAGAGAAAGAAAAAUUGAAGAAGGAUGAAAAAGCUAAAGAUGAGAAAUUCAAGACCACUGUCCCCAACACAGAGUCCAAAUUGGCUCAAGAAAAGGAAAGAGAGAAGGAGCCAUCCAGAGAAAGAGAUAUAGCAAAGGAAAUGAAAUCAAAGGAAAAUUCUAAAGGAGGAGAAAAACCACCAGUUUCUGGGUCCUUGAAGUCACCUGUUCCCCGAUCAGAUGCUGCAGAACCUGAAAGGGAACAAAAACGCCGUAAAAUUGAUAACCACCCUUCUCCAUCACAUUCCUCAACAGUAAAGGACAGUCUCAUCGAACUCAAGGAGUCUUCAGCAAAGCUCUACAUUAAUCAUACUCCUCCACUACUAUCCAAGAGUAAAGAGAGAGAAAUGGACAAGAAAGAUUUGGACAAGUCAAGGGAAAGAUCCAGAGAAAGAGAGAAAAAAGAUGAAAAGGACAGGAAAGAUCGAAAAAGGGAUCACUCAAACAAUGACCGUGAAGUGCCACCAGACUUAAACAAGAGGCGGAAAGAGGAAAAUGGAACAAUGGGGGUUUCAAAGCACAAAAGUGAAAGUCCAUGUGAGUCUCCUUAUGCAAAUGAGAAAGACAAGGAAAAAAAUAAGUCAAAAUCUUCAUGCAAAGAAAAAGGUGGUGAUUCAUUUAAAGCUGAAAAGAUGGAUAAAAUCUCCGGUGGCAAAAAGGAUUCCAGGCAUGAUAAAGAAAAGAUAGAAAAGAAAGAGAAACGGGACAAUUCAGGAGGAAAGGAAGAGAAGAAACAUCAUAAGUCCUCGGACAAGCACAGAUAAUGAAGACUUAAAAUCAAGGUGAGU